AUGAUGUCUGCCAUGGAGUGCCUCAAGAACAACUUCGUCAAGGGCCGUCUCCUGGACGGUCGAUUCCGAACCGUGGCUCCGCUCAAUCACGGGUCCUUCGGAAUGGUCUUUCUCGCAACAGACACAACGACCGGCCAGGAUGUUGCCAUCAAGUGCCUUACCAAGGCAACCUCAAAUGACACGUCCGGCAUCUUCCCCAUCGACGACCGUUUUGAGGAACUGGAAUGCCACCAACGCUUCCGCUACCAUCCCAACUUGGUGAACUUGAUUCACUCCUUCGAGACGGAGGCUCACAUGUACCUCGUCUUGGAGUACUGCGCCAAUGGGGAUCUCUACGAAGCCAUUCGGUUGAACCGUGGUCCUCUGGAGACCGAGCAUGUGCGGGACUUCAUGCUCCAGUUGCUCGACGCCGUCGAGUUCAUGCACGCCAACGGCCUCUACCACCGUGACAUCAAGCCGGAGAACAUCUUCUUGACCCACGAUGGCUCCAUGAAGCUUGGUGACUUUGGUCUUGCCACCAAAGAGACUUGGUGUCACGAGGGCUGCGUCGGGAGCGACCGCUACAUGGCUCCCGAACAAUAUGAACCGAUGGCCACGGGCUACUCCCCUGCCCAGGCUGAUGUCUGGUCUGUGGGUAUUUGUCUGUUAAACAUUUUGUUUGCUCGCAACCCUUUCGUUACACCCACGGAGUCCGACGUGCUCUUCUCGGACUACGUGCGAGACCGUCAGUCUUUGUUUGACAUCUUCCCCAAUAUGUCUCAGGACACCUUUGAGAUCCUGACUCACGCCUUGGCCAUUGACCCCACCAAGCGGUCGCUGGCUGAGGUCCGCCAAUGCAUUCUUCGAGCGGUUUCCUUCACCACUGAUGACGAGUCUCUGGAUGAGUUCUGCACCGAGGACCGUGAGAUUGUCACUGCCAGUGCCAACCGUGAACCCCUCCGCACUCCCUCCAUCCAGAGUCCACACAUCAACCAAGGCGAUUCCUUCCCCUGGGCCAAGGCGUUGCAAUCCAGCCCGCCACAGGCUAUCCGACAGUUGUCUGCCAUCCCCGAUAAUGAGAGCUACACCGAAGAUCUAUUUCCUCCCUCGGAGGCUGCUGGUUCUUCGUGGUUCUCAGUCCACCCAGACACUCCGUCGAUGGCUUCGGUCUUGGACUCGGCCAUGGGCGAGUCCUUCCGCUCGCUCAACCUGCUUCGCAAGCGCGAAAGCCCCUUCCUGCCUCGAUCCGACCCGGUCCCAAUCACUGGGUCUCUUCCCAGCCAUGCUACUAAGCCCUUGCCAUCUCUCUCCAUGGUAUUUGGUAAGAAUGCGAACGAUCAGAUCUCCAAGAGCUGGAGUGAUCUUUGGGACGAGGAGGAAUCGGAGAAUGAAGAAUCUGCACUCCAGCAACGCCGUGAACAGAACGCUCGUAGCUGGAGCCAGGAAAGCCACGAUGCCCGCUCCUCGGAUACUCUGGCGGGAUUGCGCGAGCCGGCCUCCGCUUCCCCACUCAAGAACAUCCACGCAUCGGAUGUCGAACCUACCGCACCUCGUGCCAUCCAUGCCACUCCUCUCGACGUCGACAGUGACACUGGAACUUCCAAUAGCACACCUCGUCCCGUUCGUCAAUCUUCACCACCCAAGAAACCAUCCAACGUCGACAAAUGGGCCGAGCUGGGUGACAAGCGUCGCAACUUCAAGAGUCGUGAGCUCUUUGGUCCCCAACGCGCCGCCAACACUUGGCGACGGGACUGGGGGCUGGGCUCCUCCGGGUUCGACCAAGCACCCCGGGCUAAACGUGAGUCACCUCAGCUCGACCGUCGUCGCCGGAUGUUCAUGGAGAAGGAUUGGCGUCGCGAAGAUGUGACCAAGUCCUCUCCCAUCAAGAUUCCCUCAUAUGAUGGCAGUGUCGAUGAAGACCUCGAUCUGGUGGGCGGAUGGCAUGACCUUCAUCUGUAG